AUGGCAAUCUCUACAGCCCAGCAGGCCAACCUUUCCGACGCCAGCGACACUCCGACGUUACCAAACAACAUUGUCGUCGUCGAAGGAAAUGUUGACUACAAAGGCCGCCCUGCCAACCGGUCCCAAUCCGGCCGCUGGAAAUCCGCAGCUUUCAUCAUAGGUGUGGAGAUGGCAGAGAGGUUUGCUCAUCACGGAAUAAGUGCGAAUUUGAUCAGUUACUUGACCGGGCCACUCGGCCAGUCCACUGCUACGGCAGCGGAGAACGUGAAUGCUUGGUCCGGUACAGCGCUGCUUCUGCCGCUCUUGGGUGCAUUCGUCGCCGAGUCGUUUCUGGGUCAAUAUUGGACCGUCAUAAUCUCUUCAUUGCUGUAUAUCAUGGGACUUGGCUUCUUGACCCUUUCAACAGUUCUUCCCUCUUUCAACUCAUCUGGGUGUCAACAUGCAGAAAAUGCUGUGACAUGUUCACCUUCUGAAUUCCCAAUCAUUUUCUGCUUCUUUUCAUUGUAUCUAAUAGCUGUAGCCCAAGGAGGGCAUAAGCCUUGUGUACAAGCUUUUGGAGCCGACCAAUUUGAUGGACAAGAUCCAGAAGAAUGCAAAGCCAAGAGCUCGUUUUUCAACUGGUGGUAUUUUGGUAUGUGCUCGGCUAUUUUGGUCGCAUUAGUGAUUUUAACCUACAUUCAAGAUAAUUUAAGUUGGAGCCUUGGAUUUGCGAUUCCCUGCCUUGUAAUGGGUUUUGGACUUAUCUUGUUCUUGCUCGGAACUGUCACCUACCGGUUUAGCGUCAAUAGUGAGGAGAAGAGCCCUUUUAUGAGAAUUGGUCGAGUAUUUGUGAAUGCAGCUAGAAAUUGGAGAGCCACCUCUUCAACAUUAUCCAUGCAACUGGAGUCUCAGGGCUCUGUGCCUUACCAAGGUCCUCAAGAAUUCAAGUUUCUGAACAAAGCAUUGCUAGUACCUGAUGGUUCAGAGGAAAAUGGGAACAUUUGUAGCAUCAGCGAGGUUGAGGAUGCAAAGGCAAUUCUCAGGCUAUUUCCGAUAUGGGCAACAUGUUUGACAUAUGGGAUUGUAUUUUCACAGUCAUCCACUUUGUUUAUCAAGCAAGGAGUUACAAUGGACAGAUCUAUCAGUCCAAGCUUUGAAGUACCAGCCGCUUCACUACGAUCAUUUAUCACUCUUUCGAUAAUUGUGUUUAUCCCUAUAUAUGAUCGUAUUUUGGUUCCUACUGCAAGAGCUAUAACCACAAAACCUUCAGGUAUAACUAUGCUCCAACGGAUUGGAGCAGGGCUAUUUAUCUCAAAUCUUUCAAUGGUCAUAGCUGCUCUAGUUGAGAUGAAGCGUCUUGAAACUGCUCAAGAGUAUGGGUUGGUUGAUAAACCAGAGGUUACAAUUCCUAUGAGUGUGAUCUGGAUGAUACCUCAAUACUUAAUUCUGGGAGCAUCUGAAUCACUUACCGUGGUUGGUUUGCAAGAAUUUUUCUAUGAUCAAGUGCCUAAUCAAUUGAAAAGUACAGGUCUCGCUCUAUACCUCAGUAUCUUAGGGAUAGCAAGUUUUCUAAGCAGCUUUCUCAUCUCUGUUAUUGAGAAAGCCACAAGCAGGCAUGGACACGAGAGCUGGUUCUCAGACAACUUGAACAAGGCACACCUGGAUUACUUUUACUGGCUGCUUGCCGGACUUAGCGCUAUUGCAUUAGCUGCUUAUGUAUAUUUUGCAAAGUCCUAUGCUUAUAAUCGAGGAAGUAAUAUCUGA